AUGCCACACGUCUCAAGUAGUGGCGGCGAUGAUCUCGGCAGCACCGAUGAGGUUAAGGUGUUCAAGGACGAGGGCGACGGUGAGGACGAGAAGAGGUCCUCCGAAAACCUCACCGAGGAGAAGAGCAGCCUUAUCGACCUCACCGAGUCUGAGGAAAAAUCCGGUGGCAACUACACAAAUUCCCAUAAACAUGCUCAACGACCAGAUCACAGUCCCGUAUUUGGCAAGGUUGAACCUUCCGCCCACACUUCAUCCUUCAACAUGGGAUACCUCGUCGGCCCCUAUGGAUACGCCAAUGGAGCGACUGGACCCAUACCCGUGUCAAUGUGUAAUUUGUGCCGGCGUGAAAGCUACCCCUUUAGUUCACGUGAAAGGAGGGGUAGCUUUAUAUCGCGAAAAAAUCAGCAAAAGGAAGAGGAAGUGUCGGUGGCGGGGGUGGCGACGGGCGGCCGGGAAAUUUUAAUCGGAAUAUUCAGCAGCACAUAA